CCUGGAGGAUGGAAAUGCACACUUCUGCAAAAUAGUUGAAUUGAACUCCAAAGCACCAGCAGCAGACCAACUAACUGCAACACAGUUCGGCCAUUCCAGUUUUCAUUAAGUUCGGUUCGAAUUAUCCACAAACUAAAAUCUGAACAAACCAUUCUAAACGUUUGUACAUCCUGUUCCUGCUCGCGCUAGGUUGUAGUUUUCCUGCUGCAUCUGCAUAUGUCAACGCCCCCCAGAGUGUUUCACUGGGAUUUAAAAGGCAGCUGUUCGGGUUACAGCAGUCAGCAGCCGCCUCCUUCCACUCAAGCAAUAACAACUUGUCGCGAUCCACUCACCAGGAUGAAGAAGAAGUUGAUCAUUGAUGUGGACACGGGGGUGGAUGAUGCUCAGGCCAUCAUGUUGGCCCUCGCCGCCCCGGAUGUUGAGGUCCUUGGUAUCACCUGCUGCCACGGCAACACGCCCCUGGAGAACGUCCUCAAGAACACGCUGCGCGUCCUGAAAGUCUGCAACAGGCUGGAUAUCCCGGUGUAUCGCGGCUGCUCAGAGCCCCUGCUGGCGAGUAAAAGAAAUGCUGGAGAUUACCACGGGAAGGACGGGCUGGGUGACGUGCCAGAUCCAGACGCUCCAGGCCUGGAGCUGCUGCAGAAGAGGAAAGCUGUCAAGGCCAUGAUCAAGAUUGCGAAAGAGAACCCUGGAGAGGUGACUCUGGUGGCCACGGCCCCCCUCACUAACCUGGCCGUCGCUGUGCAACUGGAGCCUUCCUUCCCCAAGAAACUGAAGGCCCUCUACAUCAUGGGAGGGAACUGUGACUCCAGGGGUAACACCACAGUGUGCGGAGAGUUUAACUUUGUGGUCGACCCCGAGGCUGCCCAGAUCGUGAUGGACCGCUACACCUGCCCCACCUACAUCGCCACCUGGGAGUUCAGCUGCAGGAGCAGCCUGCCGUGGUCUUUCUGUGACCAGUGGCUGGCCCAAGACACGGUGAAGGCGGCCUUCAUGAAGAAGAUUUCAUGCCUUUCAAUGACGAAAGCUAGGUCGGCCGACUAUCAAAAGGAGAUCACCGAAGGGAAAGGGUUCAACUCCUGUGACACCUACGCCAUGGCUGCAGCCAUCAAUGACACACUCAUAACUGAGAGCGAAGAGGUGGCAGUGACGGUGGAGCUGGAGGGAAAGUUCACCCGAGGCAUGAUGGUGCUGGACUACAUGGAGCUGCUGAAGAAGAAGCACAAGGCUGUCAUCAUGAAGACAGUUGACUUGGAGAAGUUCAAGAAAAUGCUCAUGGAUUCACUCAGGUAGAACGAUACUGUAACUUGAAUGUCUCCCAGCGCCAAACAGUCUCCUCCAAGUAUCAGACAGUAAGACUGUGAUCAGAUUGUGUGUUUCAGCAUCUACUAGACAGACCAUGAACACUCUAAGUCAAUAAAAUUGGGCAAUAGAA